AUGACGUCUCUGUUCUCUCAGACGCCUCUAUCCUUCGACUCUCUUCCCAUGCAACCCUCAGCUGACCUAGAAUUUGACCGCGUAGUGAUUUAUACCACUUGCCUUCGUGUGGUCAGGACAACCUUUGAAAGAUGCGAACUGGUUAGAAAGAUCUUCCAGAACCAUCGUGUCAAAUUUGAAGAGAAGAACAUCGCUCUGAAUGGUGAAUAUGAAGAGUUAGAUGAACGAUGUCGACGAGUUUCCGAAGCACCCUCCCUCCCUGUGGUGUUCAUCGAUGGCCAUUAUCUUGGGGGUGCUGAGAAAAUUUUGUCAAUGAAUGAAUCAGGAGAACUACAAGACCUUUUAACCAAAAUUGAGAGAGUGCAGCACCCACACGAGUGUCCCUCCUGUGGAGGUUUCGGCUUUAUUCCAUGCUCUGUGUGCCAUGGGAGCAAGAUGUCAGUGUUCCGAAACUGCUUUACGGACUCUUUCAAAGCCCUGAAGUGCACGGCUUGCAAUGAGAACGGUCUUCAGCGUUGUAAAAACUGUGGGGGGUAG